CGGCAAAGUUCAGAGCUGUUGUGAACAAUGGCGACGUUUCGACAGAAGUGACAUCCUCGUUAUCAAAUGUGUUUUUACUUUGUAAUAUUAGCGAUUUUUUUAGAUGUUAGGUACGACUUGUCGAAUCUAGUGUUAAUUUACUAAUAAAACGGUAUGGCAGGUAACGUGAACGCGUUGUCCAGUGAUAUAAGUCGACGAAAUCCGCAGGAUGAAUACGAACUGAUACAGAGGAUAGGCAGUGGUACCUACGGCGACGUUUAUAAGGCAAAAAGACUUUCCAUGAACGAUCUCGCUGCUAUCAAGGUUAUCAAACUCGAGCCAGGGGAUGAUUUUGCAAUUAUUCAACAAGAAAUCUUAAUGAUGAAAGACUGCAAGCAUCCCAAUAUCAUCGCGUACUACGGAAGCUAUCUUAGAAGGGAUAAACUAUGGAUUUGCAUGGAGUACUGCGGGGGUGGUUCUCUCCAAGACAUAUACCACAUUACUGGACCACUCUCGGAGAUUCAGAUAGCUUACAUGUGCAGAGAGACGCUACUUGGGCUAUCCUAUCUCCACGAGAAAGGAAAGAUGCACAGAGAUAUCAAAGGUGCGAAUAUACUGCUCACGGAGAACGGGGAUGUAAAACUUGCAGAUUUUGGCGUAUCUGCUCAAAUCACAGCUACGAUAAACAAGAGAAAAAGUUUCAUAGGAACACCGUACUGGAUGGCGCCUGAGGUUGCAGCUGUUGAGAGGAAGGGUGGUUAUAAUCAGCUCUGUGAUAUUUGGGCUUGUGGAAUAACAGCUAUCGAGCUGGCAGAGCUACAACCUCCUAUGUUUGAUCUGCACCCUAUGAGAGCGCUUUUUCUCAUGUCAAAAUCUGGCUUCAAGCCCCCAACGUUGAAAGAUAGGGAUAAGUGGAGUCCGACGUUUCACAAUUUUGUCAAAGUUGCUCUGACUAAAAAUCCUAAGAAAAGACCGACGGCGGAUAAAUUAUUGCAGCACGCCUUUUUCCAAGGUGAUAUGAGUAAAAGACUGGCUUUGGAAUUGCUCCAAAAAGUAUCGAAUCCAAGUCACAUGUUCACAGAACUUGAACCCGACGAUGACGGUGCGGUACCAAACGUCCCCCAGCGUAUAGCGUCACGGCACACUGCCAGAUCCCGACCAAAAAGUCCCAUUCCACAGUUAGAUAGCGAUGAUCGAAUAAAUUUAGGUGAGGAUACGUUACAGAGAGAAUCAGUAGCCCCUUCUGUAGAUAGUAAUCCCGCCUGGGAUAUCAUAGACAUCAUGAACAACGUCAAGACUGUACAUAAUUGUGACGUGCAUCCGGAUUGUGGAAUAGGAACUGCGUUCGAAGAUGUCCCAGAAAAUAAGCAUGGAGCUAGAGUCACAACCGAUAGUAGACUGUCACGUCGAAGCAAAACAGGCACCGAGAUUUUUCAUAUGAGCCUCAGGAGUCUAUUGCAGUACAUUGAUGAGGAGUUGUUGCUAAGGGGGAAUGCAAUGUCGAUGGUUGCUGGGCAUUGCGAUCAGCUAUAUUCCCUGCAAGCCACUCUGCCUCUUGGAGAAUCGUCAGGUGACUGUGAGGUACAUCGGGACUACUAUAACAACGUGACUGGAUCGCAAGCGAGUCCUAGACGUCACAGCUCUGUGGAUGAGUUGUACAGCUUGGUGAGUGGCUCCCUUUCCUUGGCAGCUGUUAGCGGACAACGUCAGCGAUCGCUCUCGGACAGUGCACCGAGAGAUGACCUGCCAAGGUCCAAUGGGGAUGGUAACGAAGCACCUGGAAAUGGGGAGGGCGAGGGAGUGGGACCCGAUCUCUUGACGGACACACCUCCCAUACCUCCUCGGCGAAGGGAUAGGAAGAGGCAUACACCGCCACGGCCUGUGAGCAACGGGCUUCCUCCGACACCAAAAGUGCACAUGGGAGCGUGUUUUUCGAAGGUAUUCAAUGGCUGUCCAUUGAGGAUACAUUGUACAGCAAGUUGGAUUCACCCGGACACGAGGGAUCAGCACUUACUCAUAGCUGCCGAAGAAGGAAUCUACAACUUGAAUCUGAACGAAUUACACGAAACUGCUAUCGAUCAGCUGUAUCCAAGACGAACUAUUUGGAUGUAUGUCAUUAAGGACGUCCUCAUGUCCUUAUCUGGCAAAACUCCUCAGCUGUACAGGCACGACCUUUUGGCAAUGCAAAGCAAACAAACGCACAGGUUUUCGUUGCAUAUGAACAGAAUACCCGAGAGAUUAGUGCCGAGGAAAUUCGCUCUGACCACCAAAGUUCCGGACACAAAGGGGUGUUCGAAAUGUUGCGUAGGUCGCAAUCCUUAUAACGGGUAUAAAUACCUCUGUGGAGCUAUGCCUGCGGGAAUAUUUUUAAUGCAGUGGUACGAUCCGCUUAACAAAUUUAUGCUAUUGAAACACUUUGAUUGCACAUUACCGUCACCUCUGAAUGUAUUCGAGAUGGUUAUUACUCCGGAGAUGGAAUAUCCGAUGGUAUGUGUGUCGGUGAAGCAGGCGUAUCAACAGAAUAAAUUAAAACUAGAUUUGGUCAACAUGAAUUCCGGAGCAAGCUGGUUCCAUAGCGACGAAUUGGAAGACAUGGAUGGCUCAGCCACCGUUAUUCCAAGGAGAGAGAACCUUCAAGUAAUAAAUGUAACGCAGCUCGAAAAAGACGCGAUCUUAGUAUGCUAUGACAAUUUAAUUAAGGUAGUGACGCUUGUAGGGAAUCCAAGAGUAAGCAAAAAGCAGAUCUCGGAGCUCCAAUUUCAUUUUCAAAUCGAAUCUAUCAUUUGUUUACCGGACAGCGUAUUAGCAUUCCAUAAACACGGCAUGCAAGGAAGGAGUUUUAAAAAUGGCGAUAUAACUCAAGAAAUCGUUGAUCCAAGUAGAACGUACAGGUUACUUGGAUCUGACAAGGUUGUGAUGCUGGAGAGCCAUUUGGUUCACACAGGAACCUUGACGGAGUCCGAAGGGGCAGAUUUGUAUAUACUCGCGGGACACGAAGCCAGCUAUUAGUCUAGCACCUAGCCAAUUUAUUUGAAUUACAAGUUGCACGCCCAUAGCAUAUAAAAAAUAAGUCGUUUCUGUCAGCCAAAACUCAUUCAAAUAAUUUGAUCCUAAUACACCGUGAACCAUAGCGACUGUUGCUGAGAUGUAAAAAUCUUUGAAAUCUCAUUCACACAAAUGUCUUUGAUAAUCUUUUUCUUCGAGAGUUGCAAUUCAGUGAAGUAAUGCGUUUGAAUUUCCCCUGUUAACUUGAAUUCAAUCUCGAGAAGGCACAAAUUAGCAGGUAUUGUUUUGUGCUUUUCUAACGUAGUCAACGUAACAAAUUACCUAUAAUCGUUUGCAUAAAAUGUAUUAGUCUAAGGUAUGUAUACAGUGUACAUAAUAUUGUUUAUAGUAUGUAUAUCGCAAAACCAAUCAUGUAUACAAUCGAAAAAAAAGUUUUACUGCAUCUGAAGCUUGCAAUUGAAUCUUUACGGCAAGAUCGAGCAUCCCUUUGGUUUAUUGAAAAUAAACACACGUUGGUUGUAAAAUCUCUUCACAGUCCCUAUGGUAUACUGUUUGAUGGCUAGAAUAGUAGCAUAGUUAUUAUUAUUAUUCAUAAUCGUCAUCGUAGUCAUCAUCAUCAUCAUCAUCAUCAUCAUCAUCAUCAUCAUCAUCAUCAUCAUAAUCAUCAUUGUUAUUAUUAUUUAACCAAGUGAAACACUCCUUAAAAUAAACGUGAAUGUUUUGUUUACUCGUCGACAACGACGUGCAUACAUUUUUCUCGAGUGUUCUGCGAUGAAUAUAUCAUUAUUACAUACAGUAACAAAUGGAGAUUAUCGCAUGUUCGUGGAAAAAAAAAAAGAAAGAAAGAAUAAGCUAAUAACCU